UGAAGCUGCAGUGAGAUGAGAUCAUGUCCAGCCUGUGCAGCAGAGCCAGAAUCUGUCUCAAAACAACAACAACAACAACAAAAAUAAGCUUUGAAAUACGACCGUGUCAUGGUGGUGUCUUUGGUGGCUGUUCACCCUUACACAGUAAACACGCUUGGGAAGCAACUUUGCCAAAAGCCUUCGGACAGUCCAGCGUCAACACUGCAAGCCAAGGGGAGGAGAAAAAUCUGCGCCUCAUCCUCUCAAGGGAUAAUUUGCCUCUGGGGUACUUUCUGACCCAGUGGACCCCUGGCAGAAGUAAGUGUGGACUGUGGCUACAGUACUGCACAGAGUCAACAGGAACCGAAGCCAGGCCUUGGCCAGGGCAGCUCCGGGGUCCAACCACUUGAUCAAUGCAGGAAAUGCUUUGAUGAAAGAAUUCUUCCAUGGCCAGCUUCUCAUAUUCUCUGGGACAGACACAAACCAAGAAAAAUGAGUGUGGUGCAGAAUCUGAUGUAUCCUUCCUGUACCCCCUGCUGGUAGCAAAAAGUAUGUUUUGAACUUUUCUUUGUUACACACAGUCUGGGUAAUAACAGACUGAAGGAAAAUUAAGGAAGCCUGGGAGGCUAAGUUCAAUGAAAAUUGAACUGAGGCAGAGAAAAAAGAGAAUUGAGAAAGUAUCUGGGUGUCUGGAGAGGUUGGGGGAAUAGAGAAGGAGGAGAUAUAAUUGGCCAGAUAACUUGAGAGUGGGAGAGGAGUGCAAACAUUAUUUUUGAGGCGCUUUGUUGGAUAUUUAAAAUGCACUCCUACCUUUGGCAUUUUCUCAAAAGGCAGGAAAGAUUUGUUUUCAAUUCUAUUUUUCUGCUGGACUGAACCAGUGCCAAGACUGGACCAUGUAGGAUCCUGGGUUUAUUUCAGUUACAUAAGCAAACGUUAGUGUGAUUUGGAAUAGUCAAAGCCAUGAAUGUUUCUCAACUUCCAUUUUGUCAGCUGCUUGAGUUUCUAUUCUGAGAGGUGCUGUUAACAUUGUUAUUCACUUGUGUUCCCUAAAUAAAUUUUAAUUAGUUUUAAUUUGAACCAAGAAUGUUCUACUGUUGACACUAUGUCAAGAAUGAUCAAAAAUGAAAUUAAUAAAGAAUUCACUUCAGAAAAAAAUUUGCACUAAUAUUACAGUAUUUUAUAACAUCUAUCUCAGCAGAGUCACAGAUAAUUUAGAAAUUUUAAUUUUGUUUUUAAGUGAUUUUCCUCAAAGCAGUAAUAGCCUUGGUAAAGAGUUUAGUUAAACAUUAUUUUUCACCUCUCAUGCAUUUUGUAUAAUGAAAUUUUUCUAUCAUCUUCCAGUGGAAUUAAUUGCAUUGGUGCAAAAAAUGCAAUCAAAUCAGUGACUGAAUUUAGCUUUUGAAACCUCAUGUCUAGCUGGGAUAGUUACUAUAUUCAUUACACACUGAAAAAUGAUAAGCAGUAAUCUUUUCUCCUAAAAAACUGCCAAAGAUAAGUUUUUCAGGGCUCUCAAAAUAUCAUAAAGCUGACAAUAUGAGAAAUGUUAAAAUAUUGUUGGAGUUUUUAAUGGACCCUUCCCUCUCUUCUUUUCCUGUUCUUUAAGACAAUGGUAGUUAGUUGUCCACUAAUCAUUAAUACAUGAUUUUCUAACAAAGACUUGCAUACCCUUUUGGCUAAAAAGUGGCCAAAUACCAAAGAGCUGGAAAUUUGGGAGACAGCCUUUAGUCUUUUCCAAAGCAUGUAAACCCUUUUGAAUCCUUUUGGGUAAAUGUCUGAUGAAGAUCAAACAGAAUUCGUAAAGGGUUUCUGAUACACAGUGAAAUGUGCCUGUGAGGACUCUACACAUGAUAAUAAUCUAAGCAUGCUCUCUUUUAGUCCUAAAAUGUGUGGAGUAAUGUUACGUGAAAUUGAUAGAAGGCCAUUGAUUUGGACUGAGCUCCCACACUAGGCCUAGCAGACCAAACCAAAAUGGAGUCACUCAUGCUGAAGUUCACACCCACCAAGCCAAAACUAAGUUGUUUAUCUGAUCUUCCAAGAAAUCAAGAAAGAAAGGGAGAUAACAGCCCAAUCCCCAAACAGGCCAGUUUUAGCUGGCAUGAUAAGGAAGGCCCCUCUGCUUCAACCUUUACAAGGAAAGUAACUUUGAAACAAUCAAUCUGCUUUUUGUUCUCCGUUUCUGCUUUCCUCAACCCUUUUCUGACCAUAAAACCAACAUCCUCUGUUCAGCUCACGGGAACACUCAUUCUAUUUUGUAGAAUGAGGUAUUGCCCGAUAUUCUAGAUUUGCACAUAAAAGCCAAUUAAGAUCUUUAAAU